UGAAAUCAACAUAGUUUCCACACACACACACACACACAAACACACACAGUAGUUUAUAUAACUUAAAAUUGUACUCACCAGCAUAUAUUUGAUGUGAAUUUCUACAUUUCGUUCGGUUAUUUCCUUUUCUUUUUUUUCUUUUUUUUUUUAUUAACGUAUUUUGUGAUUUUUCACAGCGUGUUAAAUGGGACUUUUAUUUUGCUUUUCUGAUCCGCUGUUGUUGUUGUGAUGUCAUAAGCGCUGCGCCGCGUCUCCUGUUGCUUUGGAAAGUUUCCAGAUGAAACGACUGAGAUCUGUGUGACAAACUGCUGUAAAGAUGGAGUUUAUUAAAGAAGAGAGUGAAGACAUCAGUAUUACACAAACAUGUGGGAUAAAAACUGAAGAUACUGAAGAACAAAGAGAUCUGAUGGAGCUGAAAGAGGAAAGUCAAGACCUGAAUGAAGUGGAGGAGAAACAUCAGUAUCAGAAACCUGAUAAUUUAAAAUCUGAAGAACAAUAUUUUAAUUGCUCACAAUCUGGAAAGAAUUUCUCACAAAAAAGAAGUCAAAGAACAAGAGCCAUAAAUUCUCUCACCUGCCCUCAGUGUGGAAAGGAGUACACUCGUAAAAGAGGUCUUCAGAUUCACAUAAAAACUCACACAGGAGUGAAACCUUUCACCUGCCCUCAGUGUGGAAAGUGUUACACUCGUAAAAUAGACCUUCAGGUUCACAUAAGAACUCACACAGGAGAGAAGCCUUUCACAUGUGAUCAUUGUGGGAAGAGUUUCACAGUGAAAGGGAACCUUAAUAGACACAUAAGGAUUCACACUGGAGAGAGAAAUUAUGUAUGCCAUCAGUGUGGAAAGAGUUUCACACAGAAAGGACACCUUAAGGAUCACAUGAGUAUUCACACUGGAGAGAAGCCUUUUAAAUGUCAUCAGUGUGGAAAGAAUUUCACACAGAAAGGACACCUUAAGGAUCACUUGAAUAUUCACACUGGAGAGAAGCCUUUCACAUGUCAUCAGUGUGGGAAGAGUUUCAAACAGAAAGGACACCUUAAGGAUCACAUGAGAAUUCACACUGGAGAGAAGCCUUUCACAUGUCAUCAGUGUGGGAAGAGUUACAAACUUCGAAGAGACCUAAAAAUUCAUAUGAAAAUUCAUUCUGGAGUAAAAUAACACUAGUGUUCUGAGUGUGACAAGAGGUUUGUCGACAUAAGUAAUUGAAAAAAUCAACUAAACAUUCACUCUGGAGAAAGGCCAUUUAAUUGCUAGUUGGUGGUUGAAUUGAUCACCUUAAAGGUGAAGUAUGUAGUUUCUGGAAUCACAAAGCAUGUUUUCAAGGAAUUUUCCUUACACCUCUUAAGGUCGGUUUAUACUUCUGCAUCAAACCUAAACCAUAGGCUCCAGUUAGUGACCUUCGCAAAAGGUUAAAUAAUUAUACAUUUCAUAAACAAAUAAAACCAAUGUAUUAAAUGUAUUUAUUUAAUUAUUUGAGCAUUAAAAAUAAGUUCAUAAAAGUAUGUUAACAUGUUGAGAAAUUAUUCACUAUACAUGUCUACCUUGCAGAGAAAAAAGAAACAAGGCAUUAACUGUAUGCUUGUUCUUGACUCGCUUAAUAAUAAAUACAUAUUUUGGAAUACUUUUGAGUGCUGAAAAAAAGUGCACCGAUCGAAAUCAGCCGAUUUUCGUCUUAAAUCUAUGAUCGGCCGAUCGUGCCUAAAUUCAGGGCCAAUCUUUUUUUUGUCAGCACACAAGGAAUCACACAUACACACUGGUCCUCUAAUGAAUGAGCGCUUGCUCAGCCCUUAAAGCAUGACAGAGUGGCCUUUGGAGGGUGAGUUGGUGGCAAUUCUAUGCAUUCGCAAAUGUAAAAUUUCAGAUAUGCUGUAAUUUAGAUGAAUAUGCCGGUUUGUUUUAAAAUGUGUAAGAACAUGUGUAUGAAUAUUAAGCUGCCUACAUGUGUAUGAAUAUUAAGCUGCCAGUUAUUCUGAGUUAUUCUGACUCACUGCACUGUGAGCACAGAGAGGAUUAAGCGACUGCAAACGGGCAUAAAAACGAAUUAAACAACAAUUAAACAUGCAAAUACAAAUCUGAGUAUAUGUGAUGUAACGUGCGUCGUGACAAUCAGACGUGUGGAGCGAUAGAGACUGUUUGAGCGAUCAUGGGUGCUAUUAGCUUCUCCCCCUUCAACAUGAGCGCUCUCGGUGUCAAUCAAACAUGCAUGCUCUCCAGGUGCUCUCAAUAUCUCAUCAGUCACUCAUCCCAGAGCUAUUCCCAAUUUAAUUGAGGAUUUCAAUUUAAAUCAGACUGAUCUUGGUCACAAAGCCACUAAUAACAGAUAAAGUUUACAUACACUUAAGUCAUUUUUUAACCACUCCACAGAUUUAAUAUUAGCAAACUAUAGUUAUGGCAAGUCUUUUAGGACAUUUACUUUGUGCAUAACAUGAGUAAUUAUUCCAACAAUUGUUUACAGACAGAUUGAUGCACUUUUAACUGACUAUAUCACAAUUCCAGUUGGUCAGAAGUUUACAUACACUAAGUUAACUGUGCCUUUAGGCAGCUUGGAAAAUUCCAGAAAAUGAUGUCAAGCCUUUAGACAAUUAGCCAAUUAGCUUCUGAUGGGAGGUGUACUGAAUUGAAGGUGUACCUGUGGAUGUAUUUUAAGGCCUACCUUCAAACUCAGUGCCUCUUUGCUUGACAACAUGGGAAAAUCAAAAGAAAUCAGCCAAGACCUAAAAAAAUUAUGGACCUCCACAAGUCUGAUUCAUCCUUGGGAGCUAUUUCCAAAUGCCUUAAGGUACCACGUUCAUCUGUACAAACGAUAGUAUGUAAGUAUAAACACCAUGUGUCCAUGCAGCCAUCAUACCGCUCAGGAAGGAGACGCAUUCUGUCUCCUAGAGAUGAAAAUAGUUUGGUGCGAAAAGUGCAAAUCAGUCCCAGAACAACAGCAAAGGACCUUGAGGAGAUGCUGGAGGAAACAGGUAGACAAGUAUCUAUAUCCACAGUAAAACUAAUCCUAUAUCAAUAUAAUCUGAAAGGCUGCUCAGCAAGGAAGAAGCCACUGCUCCAUAACCACCAUAAAAAAGCCAGACUACAGGUUACAAGUGCCCAUGAAGAGAAAUGUCCUCUGGUGUAAUGAAACAAAAAUGUAACUGUUUGGCCAUAAUGACUAGCAUUAUGUUUGGAGGAUAAAGGAUUAGGCUUGCAAGCCGAAGAACACCAUCCCAACCGUGAAGCAUGGAGGUGGCAGCAUCAUGUUGUGGGGGUGCUUUGCUGCAGGAGGGACUGGUGCACUUCACAAAAUAAAUGGCAUCAUGAGGAAGAAAAAUGAUGUGGAUAUAUUAAAGCAACAUCUCAAGACAUCAGCCAGGAAGUUAAAGCUUAGUCGCAAAUGGGUCUUCCAAAUGGACAAUGACCACAAGCAUACCUCCAAAGUUGUGGCAAAAUGGCUUAAGGACAACAAAGUCAAGGUAUUGUAGUGGCCAUCACAAAGCCCUGACCUCAAUCCUAUUGAACAUUUUUGAGCAGAACUGAAAAAGCGUGUGCAAGCAAGGAGGCCUACAAAACUGACCCAGUUACACCAGUUCUAUCUGGUGGAAUGGGAGAAAUUCCACCAACUUAUUGUGAGAAGUUUGUGGAAGGCUACCCAAAAUGUUUGACCCAAGUUAAACAAUUUAAAGGCAAUGCUACCAAAUACUAACAAAGUGUAUGUAAACUUCUGACCCACUGGUAAUGUUAUGAAAAAAAUAAAAGCUGAAAUCAAUCAUUCUCUCUACUAUUAUUCUGAUAUUUCACAUUCUUAAAAUAAAAUAGUGAUCCUAACUGACCUAAGACAGGGAAUGUUUUCUACAAUUAAAUGUCAGGAAUUGUGAAAAACCGAGUUUAAAUGUAUUUGGCUGAGGUGUAUGUAAACUUCUGACUUCAGCUGUAAACUGUUAACCUUAAAUAAUGGCACUGCGUCUUCAUGCAUUUGCUUAAUAAUUGGUGAUUUGUGUUACAACAAGACGCCAAAGGCAAUAAACAAAUCAUAAGUACUAAUGAUUCUUAACAGGAGCAGUUUUGGAGCUUGUAAUAGACAACUUUCUUAUUUUUGAACGUAUCUCUGCUGUGUGUGAUGCCCUCAUGGUUUUUACUGGUUGCCAGUACUCAAUGACCUUUGAUAUUGACAACAGAACUAUUCAUAACUGUUUUCAGUACAAAUAAAUGUUAGCAAUUCACAAUUAAUGUAAUUUUACUGUGUGGGGCAUAAACAUAACUGCAGAAUAUAACUUGCAAUAGUGUGGCUAAAAAUCGAUAUCGGUAUCGGCCGAUCAUAAUGUAAAAAAAGUCGGUGGUCGUAUCACCCUCAAAUUUCCUGAUCGGUGCAUCACUAUUAUUUUAUAUGUUUGACCAACACAAUAUGAGUGUAGUUUUAAAACUUAGAAGCUGCACUUAAUGCAUAAAGGCAAUAUAAUAAACUCCGAACUGGUGCUUUUAAUUUGCUGACAAAUUAGAAGUGUUCUGUUUUCAUAACUUAUAAAAUAUGAUUAUUCACUGUACAUCAAACUGUUAAACAUAUGGUCAAAACAUAGCACAGGUCGGAAAGGUUGAAUACAACAAACCAAAUUUACCAAAUAUAUAUUAAGUAAAAGUCCAGAGAAAAAAAGCUGUAAAAGUGUCUUAUUCACUAUAGAGUGUAUAAGUUGUAAACAGAUGUCUUUUUGUCACAUUUUACAUUUGUAACUUCAUGAAACGGAAUAUAAAUACAGCACAAAAACCCAGAGUGACAGGACCAUGAUAUUUCCCCCCCCCCCCAUGAAUCUGAGGAAGGACCCGAAUGUAGAGUAUAAAACAAAAAUAUUUUUAUUAACACAAAAGAAACAAAACAAACAUAAACUACCCCAUAGGGGAAAACACAAAGUCCAGCACAGGAAGCCCACUGAAGCUGGGCUGGGGCAGACGAACUGGAAACAGGACUGACCAGAACCGACAGGACCGAACAGGGAAAAACCAGACUGACAUGAAGCACAAAACAAGACGAACUGGCACUGGACAGUACACACAAGGAGACUAAAAUAGGGAGAUAAAUCAAACAGGUUAACCAGUGGCAGGUGAAACAAAUGAACUAAUAAUUAGCAGACAAGGAGGUAGGCAUUGACGCAAGAGUGAGAGACGUGCAGCAAAACGGAGACAAAACAAAACCACAUGCUUUCACAAGACACAAACACCCGAAUAGCACAAGCGCACAUCGCCGAGGCAAUAUGUGCUCAUGCCAACCGACAGAAGACAAGAGAAUGCAAGGCAAUGUCAACAAAGCAAUGCCAUGCAUUCUCACACUAGACAAAGCCUGAGCGUACAUCGCGAGGCAAACAGACCCAAACGAUUGAUGAUUGAGUGCAUGCUGCCAAGAUGACAUAAGCGCAAUGCACUCACACCAAUAAAAGACAAGACAUGGAGCAUGAGUGUCAGGAUCCUGACACUAAAACCAAAACCGAACCCAACAGGGAAAUCAGGACCCAGACACCAUGCUCCGGGCAUGAAACAAGACCGACUGAAGAGCGCACAGCAGGGAAACCACAACUGAAGCUGCGUGCUCACACAAAGACAGAAAACAAAACACAAGAUAGACAUAGAACAAUGAUGUCACAAUCCUGUCACACAAAAACCCAGACUGACAGAGUAACAGGGCCUGACACUCCAUGUAAGAAUAAAGAUCUGAAUUUAUGUUGUCUUAAACCUGUGCUGGUUUUGAUCGUAAUGUCUGCUGAGUGCUGUUCUCACUUCAUUCUUAGAAGUUUGAACAAAACAUCCUAAUGUUUUUGCAGAUUUGCAAACUGUUCUAUCGUCUUCACAUUUCACACUUUUGUCCCGUGAUUGAUAUUCAGCAAAGCACCCCAAAACUCUUGUUUUCAUCUCUACUCAUACUGUGAUGUUCAGCCAGUUGUGAGAGUGUUUUGAAAGUAGCUCGUGACCCCCUCCCGUCCUCCCCCUUCCUUUCCCCAUAACGCCCACAUUUUUACAUUUGUUCACGCCUUUAUUUAGUCUGAGGUGUGAAUAAUUGGUGAAGAACUAGGGGGGUGGGGGCCUGGGUGGCUCAGUGGUAAAAGAUGCUGUCUACCACCCCUGGAGUUCGCUAGUUCGAAUCCCAGGGCAUGCCGAGUGACUCCAGCCAGGUCUCCUAAGCAACCAAAUUGGCCCGGUUGCUAGGGAGGGUAGAGUCACAUGGGGUAACCUCCUCGUGGUCGCUAUAAUGUGGUUUGUUCUCGGUGGGGCGCGUGGUGAGUUGAGUGCGGAUGCCGCGGUGGAUGGCGAGAAGCCUCCACACGUGCUAUGUCUCCGUGGCAACGCGCUCGACAAGCCACGUGAUAAGAUGCGCGGGUUGAUGGUCUCAGACGUGGAGGCAACUGGGAUUCAUCCUCCGCAACCCGGAUUGAGGCGAAUCACUACGUGACCACGAGGACUUAAAAAAAAAAAAAAAAAACACACUGGGAAUUGGGCAUUCCAAAUUGGGUGAAAAAGGAAAAAAAAAAAAAACCUAGUGGGGUUUCAUGACACUUUUAGGUGAAUACAUGGUGGUGCAUUCACAUUAUCUAGGUCUGUUAAAGCUGAAGUAUGUAAUUCUUGCGCCAUUAGCUUCAUUGAAUGAAUUGCAAAAAUAAUCAUUGUUUUCAAAACAGCUUUCCGAAUACGCCCCUCAUCUGCUGUUGUUCAAACAGUUGGAUAUUCCCAUCCCCAACUCACACUAUUGGUUGUGUAACAUUGUUAACAAGCGGGUCUCUUAAAACAAAAACAGGAAUUUUUGUAGCGCCACAGAGACACAGUGAUUACAGUUUUUAAGAAAAUUAACAUAUGAAUGGUUUACUUAUAGUUGUCUCUGCAUAUUAAGCUGGGAUAGAAGAAAGUAUUUUAACACUAAAAAAGAUGUUACAUACUUCAGCUUUAACGCAAUUAUACUGGACUUACAGUAAUGUAAAGCUCAAAUGGUUUUUUUUUAAUUUUUUUUAUUUAUUUUAUUUUAUUCUGUAUUCGUCAAAUACUGGCAGCUACUGUUAUCAAAGUAAUGACAGUACAGUUCUGGCAGCCGGACUGUAAAGUACUGUAUGUUACUGGCAGUAAAGAAGCUUUUUUACAGCUCUGUCACUUUUUCUGUUUUAGUUAAUUUCAGUAUAAUACUGGUUUAAUACAGCUGCAAACUGUAAUUGUACAGUUCUUUAAAGUACACCCUGUAUUUUCAGAUGCUGCUCCUAACUGUAUUUUAGUACAGUAAUCUCUUGUAUAUUUACACAUUUACUGUAAUAGUGUGGUGUUCACAGCAUACACUGCAAGAAAUUACUUUAUCUAAUUGCUGGUGUAUUUAAUUUGAAAGUUAUCUAAAGGUUAGAAUAUUGUUGCUUACAAUAUUUUCAAAACUUUAUUUUAACAAUAUAGCAUUCUUUGAACAUUGAUUUGUAUUGUUCCAAGAACAAGAACAUAUCCAGUUUUAUUUGCUGUUAUUAAAAGGUAUUUGAAUACAUCAUGACAUAUACAAAUAUGUGUAAACACUAUGGCUACAUACUAAACAUGGAUACAAAUAUAAAAAUCGAGCAUGAUAUAAUGCAUAUUUAAUAAUCUAUAAAAUAUUACUAAUGUAAAUAUCAACGGGAACUUCCAUGUCAUAAACGCACACACACACUGUUGUGGACUCAGGCUGUCUGUGGGGCAGGGGCGAAAAAAAUAAAAAGGGCACCAACUGCAUGUGGUGGGGCACCAGCGUGCAGAAAUUCAUGAUGCAUUUAUGGUGAAACAGUUCUAAACCCUGGUUAAGAUUAAAUUUGUUUUAUUAUGUAUAACUACUAGGGUUGCCACGGUGUACACUGUUACCGGUUUUACUUGGUACAAGGGACAACACCGGUGUGAAAUCUGAUACUGGUGGAAACAUUAUGAAUGGAACUUCCAAUAUCAAUACAAUAGCCUAACGAAUAGAAUAAGUUAAAUAAAGAAUAGUUGCCUAAUGAAGAGUUUGCGACCCAUGAUAAAUGAACCUAAAUAACGCACUGAAAGACAGAUGUUCUUUACCAACUUAUCAAAUUACACAGGCAGCGAAGUAUGCUGGGGACACUAUACUGUAAAAAGGUACAGUCCUUCAGAUGAGACGUUAAACUGAGGUCCUGAUUCUCUGUGGUCAUUAAAAAUCCCAGGACACUUCUCGAGAAGAGUAGGGGUGUAUCUCCGGUGUCCUGGCCAAAUUCUCCCCAUUGGCCUUAAUCAAUCAUGGCUUCCUAAUAAUUCCCAUCCAUUAAUUGGCUGUAUCACUCUACUCUCUCCUCUCCACCAAUAGCUGAUGUGUGGUGAGCGUACUGGCUCACUAUGGCUGCCAUCGCAUCAUCCAGGUGGAUGCUGCACACUGGUGGUGGUUGAGGAGAGUCCCCUUGUUCACUGUGUAAAGUGCUUUGAGUGUAGUGUCAGAAAAGCGCUAUAUAAAUGUAACGUUCAUAUGCACACUGACAGAAGACUUUCUGUUUAAUUGCAGGUAACGCAUGUUUGGUAACUGUAAGACGCCUUGGAUUCGGAAUGACACAAGAAAUGCUGUUAGACACAGACACGCUUGAAGAAACACACUUUAUUAUAUUUUUAAGAACAUGACAGAAAAGCCGUCUAUGCGCAUGUAUGACAUGCUGUUUGUUCGGAGGCGUGCAGUCUCGUGGAACACAUGUAAAAGUUUCUCACAUUUUCUUUGUUUCAGUGUUCUGAAUUUUUUUUGCAAGAAUAGUAUUGUCUAUGAGAAUACUUCAAAUGACCUCAGACAUCUCAGCUCAGGAGGUGUUUUGAGUUCAGUUCGCUUUAUUUCCACAGACUGCAGCCUAUACAUCUGU